CGCCAAUCGAGAGACGCUGCCCCCUGCACCACUCGCGGCAGAUCCCAGACACCCAGUCUCCAGCCCACGCCGGCGAGCUCCGCUGCAGGCUGAGCCGUCGGCCGCCCCUGCGCGCAGACCCGAGAGACCAUGAGUGCUGACGCGUCCGCUGAGACCAAGCCGGUGAAGAAGAAGAACCCCAACCGCCUCGUGGUGGACGAGGCUGUCAAUGACGACAACUCCGUCGUCGCGCUCAAUGUGCAGACCAUGGAGGAGCUGCAGCUCUUCCGCGGCGACACGGUGCUUAUCAAGGGCAAGCGGCGCAAGGACACGGUGUGCAUCGUGCUGGCGGACGACACGUGCGACCUGGGCAAGAUCCGCAUGAACAAGUGCGUCCGCAAGAACCUCAAGGUGCGCCUGGGCGACGUCAUCUCGGUCCACCAGUGCCCUGACGUCAAGUACGGCAAGCGCGUGCACAUCCUCCCGAUUGACGACACCAUCGAGGGCAUCACGGGCAACCUGUUCGACGUCUUCCUUAAGCCGUACUUCCUGGAGGCGUACCGCCCGGUGCGCAAGAACGACCUCUUCCUCGUGCGCGGCGGCAUGCGCGCCGUCGAGUUCAAGGUCGUCGAGACGGACCCCGUCGAGUACUGCAUUGUCGCGCCGGACACCGUCAUCCACUGCGAGGGCGAGCCAAUCAAGCGCGACGACGAGGAGUCCAAGGACGACGUCGGGUACGACGACAUUGGCGGCGUGCGCAAGCAGCUCGCCAACAUCCGCGAGCUCGUCGAGCUGCCGCUGCGCCACCCGCAGCUCUUCAAGUCGAUCGGCGUCAAGCCGCCCCGCGGCAUCCUGAUGUUUGGCCCGCCGGGCUCGGGGAAGACGCUCAUCGCGCGCGCGGUGGCGAACGAGACGGGCGCCUUCUUCUUCCUCAUCAACGGCCCCGAGAUCAUGUCCAAGCUCGCCGGCGAGUCCGAGUCCAACCUGCGCAAGGCGUUCGAGGAGGCGGAGAAGAACUCGCCCGCCAUCAUCUUCAUCGACGAGAUCGACUCGAUCGCCCCCAAGCGCGAGAAGACGCAGGGCGAGGUGGAGCGCCGCAUCGUCUCGCAGCUGCUCACCCUGAUGGACGGGCUAAAGGCGCGCUCGCACGUCGUCGUCAUCGGCGCGACCAACCGGCCAAACUCGAUCGACGCGGCGCUGCGCCGGUUCGGCCGGUUCGACCGCGAGGUGGACAUCGGCGUCCCCGACGAGAACGGCCGGCUCGAGGUGAUGCGCAUCCACACCAAGAACAUGAAGCUCGCCGACGACGUCGACCUCGAGCAGCUGGCAAAGGAGACGCACGGCUACGUCGGCGCCGACCUCGCGGCGCUGUGCACCGAGGCGGCGAUGCAGUGCAUCCGCGAGAAGAUGGACGUCAUCGACCUCGACGACGACGAGAUCGACGCCGAGGUCCUCGACUCGAUGGCCGUCUCGCAGGACCACUACCGCCUCGCGCUCGGCACGUCCAACCCAUCGGCGCUGCGCGAGACGGUGGUCGAGGUGCCAAACGUGACGUGGGACGACAUCGGCGGGCUGGAGGGCGUCAAGCGGGAGCUGCAGGAGGUGGUACAGUACCCCGUCGAGUUCCCCGAGAAGUUCGAGAAGUUCGGCAUGUCCCCCUCCAAGGGGGUGCUCUUCUACGGCCCGCCCGGCUGCGGCAAGACGCUGCUCGCAAAGGCCAUCGCGAACGAGUGCCAGGCCAACUUCAUCUCAAUCAAGGGGCCGGAGCUGCUGACGAUGUGGUUCGGCGAGUCAGAGGCGAACGUGCGCGAGCUCUUCGACAAGGCGCGCGGUGCCGCGCCCUGCGUCCUCUUUUUCGACGAGCUCGACUCGAUUGCGCGCGCGCGCGGCUCGUCGGGCGGCGACGCGGGCGGCGCGGGCGACCGCGUCAUCAACCAGAUCCUGACCGAGAUGGACGGCAUGGGCGCCAAGAAGUCGGUCUUCAUCAUCGGCGCCACCAACCGGCCCGACAUCAUCGACCCCGCCGUGCUGCGCCCCGGCCGGCUCGACCAGCUGAUCUACAUCCCGCUGCCCGACGAGGCGUCGCGCUCAAACAUCCUCAAGGCGGCGCUGCGCAAGUCGCCGCUCGCGCCCGAGGUGGACCUCGAGUUCCUCGCAAAGACGACGCACGGCUUCUCGGGCGCCGACCUGACCGAGAUCUGCCAGCGCGCCGCCAAGAUGGCCAUCCGCGAGUCGAUCGAGAAGGAGAUCGAGCUCGAGAAGGAGCGCGCCGCGGCAGGCGAGGGCGCCAUGGAGACGGAGCCGGACGACCCCGUGCCCGAGAUCACGAAGACCCACUUCGAGGAGGCGAUGAAGUUCGCGCGCCGCUCGGUCUCGGACAACGACAUUCGCAAGUACGAGAUGUUUUCGCAGACGCUGCAGCAGUCGCGCGGCUUUGGCUCCACGUUCAAGUUCCCUGAGGGCGGCGUGGGCGGCUCGGCGGCGCCGGCGGCCGGCGCGGGCGGCGGCUUCGAGGCGACGGCCGCGGAGGACGACGAGGACCUGUACAGCUAGGCGGGAGGCGCGUGCGUGACGCCGCCCCCAGCCGCCCCCCCCCCCCCCAAUGUGGCGCGAGCCGUGAGAACAAAAGACGGUCAUCUCCUGGCCUCGCUGUGAUUGUAUUUGAAGUGGUUGAGUCUCGAACGGGAUAAAUACAUGACCGAGCCGCCGCCGGGAGAGGCGAGGCUUCGGUCCCCCACCGAGCUCCACCCGCACAUUACCCAGGUCGCCGCAACAACGCCAAAACUUCUUUCCCGCGGUCUCCCCAAGAGCUCCCCGCGCCGUGCGCCGACACACACAGCUCUCCGUGAGCUCGAGCCCCUCCUUCGUCCCCCCCCGCCCCGGCCCCUCGGUCUCUCUCCCUAGCGCUCCUCUCGUGGCUGCCGCACCGCGGCCACACAACCGCGACCCCACGCCUCGAGACGUGACCCUCGGUGUGUGCGCGCCGCUCCCCGCUCCCUCUCCCAGACCCAAAACACGCCGCACGCGGCCACUCUCCGAAAAACGCCGGCUGCCGACGGGGCGCCACCGCCACCGACGGCGGACGGCGCGUGCCUCGCCCCGGAGCGAGGCGCGAUUCCGAGACACGUUCUGCCAUGUCUGUCUGGCGUGGGCCGCCGCCGCCGCCCGCGCCCCGCGGAGCUGGCUGCGCCGCUCUCCGGCGGCUCCUCCUCCUCCUCAGGCGCCCCCAAAGAGCCUCUCCACCGCCGCGUUGACGUUCCCUCCGGUGGCCACGAGGGCGCGCAAGUUCGCCUCGGUGUCGAGGAAGCCCAUAUCGCACAGCUGCGACAGCUGCGCCGCGUACCGCUCCGCCGGCGGAACCGCCGCGGGUGGCGCCGCCCCGCCGGUCGCCCCGCCGGCCAUGCCUCCGCCGCCGCCGCCCAUCGCCCCGAGCAUCGCUUGCACCAUCGACGCGUUGAAGUUCGACGCCGGGUUGGGGUUGGAGGGCGGCGCGCCGACCGGCGGCACAGCGGCGCCGCCCGCCCCGGCGGCGGGCGGCGCGGCGGCGGGCGGCGGCGUCGCGGCGGCGGCCGGGUUGAAGCCGAGCGACGGGGGGCCGCCCAUCCCCAUCCCCAUCCCGCCCAUCAUCCCUCCGCCGCUCUGCAUCUGCUGCGUGAUCAUCUGCAUCAUCUGCGGGUCCUGCAUGAGCCCCAUCAUCGCCUGCGACAGCUGCGGGUUGCUCAUCAGCGCAUUCAUGUGGUCAAGGUAGGCCUGCUGCGGGUUGCCGCCGCCGCCGGUCAUCAUGUUUUGGAGCGAGGCGAGCGCGUUCGGGUCCUGCAUCAUCGCCGUCGCGAGCUGCAUCAUCGCCGGGCUCUGCAUCAUUUGCAUCAUGGACGCUGGGUCCAUGCCGCCCAUGCCGCCCAUGCCGCCCAUGCCGCCCAUUCCGCCGCCGGGCGCGCCAAACAUGCCGCCGCCGCCGCCGCCACCGCCGCCCAUGCCGCCGCCGCCCGCGGCGCCGCCGAACGCGGGCGGGGCGCCAAAUAUGCCGCCGCCGAAGGGCAUCUGUCCGGCCGCCACGGCCGGCGCAGCGGGCGCGGUCGGCGUCGCCGCGGGCGGAGCGCUGGCGGGCGUGGAGGCGGGCGCGGCGCCGCGAACCAUGUGGAUCAUGUGUCCCUCCUCCACGUGGUAGGACUCAAGGCUCUGGCUGUCCUGCAGCACCUUGCCCGAAUAGAUCAGCCGCUGCUGCGCCGCCGGCACGGACGACGCCUCGGCAAUCUUCUCCUUGAGCGCGACCACGGUGUCGGCCGGCGCCGCGUCGAUGCUGAGCGUCUGCCCGUUCGAGCUCACUUUGAUCUUGACAAGCAUUCAAGGUGUGCGGCGCAGCCGAUCUCUCUCUCGAUGUCUG